CCGCACUCGAGUCUCACGCGUGCAGGUUUUUAAACCGUGACACAGACGUGCGCGUGAAGCCGAAGACGUUCAGUGUCGUCUGCACGAGCGUCAGUACAGUUCACUCUUAUUAACCUCUGUGACUUCUAGAGAAUAAAGUCGUGUCCCUCUGUUAGGAAGCGAAACAACGACGACGACACGGACAAAGUGUCUGGGUGGUGUAGGGUGCAGCGGGGGGCUGAGAGGCAAGCACAUGAGGAAGGGGCAUCUGGAGACCCCUGUCCCCACACACAGCGCUUGCACACAAGCACACACAAGCACAACACCGUUAAAGGGAGACACACCCACCAGCAGCCAUGAGGUCCAUCCGCUCCUUUGGAAACGACGAUCGCCACGUCAUGGCAAAACACUCCACCAUUUACCCGUCCUCGGAGGCACUGGAAGCCAUACAGAGCCUCGUCUCUACCGUCGAGUGCGCUCUCAAACAUGUCUCCGAUUGGAUGGACCAGUCGCAGGCCAAGCAGCCAAGCCAGUCGGGUGGGCAGGAGGAGGAGACGGAGGCCAGCACUGACGAAUCGACAGAGGAAAGCACCAAUGAGGGCAGUAGCAGCAGCAGCAGUAAUGGGGGUGAUGGCAGGGUGCUAUGUGGGGUGAUGCGGAUUGGCCUGGUGGCUAAAGGGCUGCUCAUUAAAGAUGACAUGGACCUGGAGCUUGUGCUCAUGUGUCGAGAAAAACCCACAAACACACUGCUGCAGACUGUCUGUGAUAACCUCCCAGUACAGAUGGAGAAAAUAACGGAAGAGAAGUAUGAGGUCGAGUGCAGUGUCCCUGAGGCGGCCAUUUUAAUCUGCAGUACAGCGGAGCCCAAACUCACACUGAAGGUCACACUCACCUCUCCACAGAUCAGAGAGGAUGGUGAGACAGGAGAGCAAGAGAGCGUUGUUGAGGCGAGCGAGCCGUCGGACCUGCUGGAUAGACAGAGGUGCCUGGUGGCGCUGGCAUCUCUGCGACAUGCUAAAUGGUUCCAGGCGAGAGUAAACGGCUUAAAAUCAGGAGUGAUCGUUUUACGGAUUCUGAGGGACAUGUGCAACCGUGUGCAGGCCUGGGAACCUCUCAAAGGAUGGCCGUUGGAGCUGCUGUGUGAGAAGGCCAUCGCAACAUGUAACCGGCCGCUGGGAGCAGGAGAGGCUCUGCGCCGGGUCAUGGAGUGUCUCGCCUCCGGGAUCCUACUCCCAGGUGGACCGGGGCUGCACGACCCCUGUGAAAAGAAACUGACCGACACGCUGGGAGCCAUGACGGCCGAUCAGGCGGAGGCCAUCACGUACAGUGCACAGCACGCCCUCCGGCUGAUGGCUUUCGGUCAGAUAUACAAGGUCUUAGAGAUGGAUCCACUUCCAUCCAACAAACCAUCAUCAAAAUACCCCUGGUCUGAAAAAGAAGGUUCAGGGCUAAAGAGGCCCUAUGAGGACGGCCUGAUGGACGACAAGGACCUCAUCAAGAAGAUGAAACGCAACCUGAGAAAAGUUUUAGACAGUAAAGCAAUAGACUCCAACCAGCCCAUGAAUGCCCUCAUGCGGUUGAAUCAGAUCCGUCCCGGACUGCAGUACAAGCUCUUGUCUCAGUCCGGUCCGGUUCACGCUCCGGUCUUUACCAUGUCCGUAGAUGUGGAUGGAACCAUCUACGAAGCCUCGGGCUCUUCAAAGAAAACGGCUAAGCUACAUGUAGCUGUUAAGGUUCUGCAGGCGAUGGGAUACCCAACAGGCUUUGACACAGACUUGGACUCCAUGAGCGCAGAUGAGAAGUCGGACAGCGAGGGCAAGAGCGAGACAUCGACAUACUUGAGCAAUAACACAUCACACUCCACAGACAGCUCCAGCACACUGGAGGUGCGAACUCAGGGUCCUAUUCUGACGGCGAGCGGUAAGAACCCGGUGAUGGAGCUGAACGAGAAACGGCGAGGCCUCAAAUACGAGCUGAUCUCCGAGAGCGGAGGGAGCCACGACAAACGCUUCGUCAUGGAGGUGGAGGUCGAUGGACAGAAGUUCCGUGGCGCAGGACCUAAUAAAAAAGUAGCCAAAGCUAGCGCCGCCCUUGCUGCUCUGGACAAACUGUUCUCGGGACCCAAUGCUGCCAGCAACAAGAAAAAAAAAAUCAUCCCUCAGAAUAAAGGAGUGAUCGCGGCUGCGGCGGCCGCCGCCUCUGCCGUUGCGGUUCAAGCUGCUCGAGGAAGAGGAAGAGCCGCACUCGCGAGAGGAGCCUUCGUCAGUGCUGCCGCUCCAGGCUACGUCACACCAGGUUUUGGAAGCCCGUACGGCUACAGCGCUGCUGCUCCUGCCUACGGUUUGCCCAAGAGAAUGCUUCUGUUGCCCAUCAUGAAAGUGCCCACCUACCCCAUUCCUCACUACUCCUUCUUUUAGCUCAGGAGAUCUACCGACACACACACACACACACACACACACACACACACACACACACACACACACACACACACACACACACACACUUUAGUUAAGAAGGGAAUGUCAGAGCGCAUGUCUGAGUAAAAACAUGUUAAGGAGAAACAUUUGUAAAGAUUUUAUUUUACUUUAUUGUUUUUAAUUCUCUGACGACUUUAUGCAGGUUUUUAAGUUCUUAAAGAAGAAAAAAAAAGACUUGAAGGAUUUGUACUGUGAAUUGUUACCUCAUCAUGGAUUUUUAAAUUAUAUAGCCUUUUUCUUUAUUCUGCCAUUACGGUUGUUUAUUCGUUGUCUGUAGGAUCGACGGCUAUAUUACGGAGAUCCGAUCUGGCGAUAGGCACCGUGUCUGUAAAGAUGGCAGAAAUUAUGGGAUGUUUAGGUCUAAUUUAAAGCUACUGUUGAUAAAUAAACCUUUAUCUUAUUCAACUGCCAUAAGCAUGGACUGGUGUGUACAUGAGACGCUGCUCAUGGCUUUUUAAUGUGUAGCUGUGAAACAUGAGGAACACACACACACACACACGCACACACACACACACACACACACAUCUGAGCUGAGAGCAGAAAACACUCCUUCAUGCACAAACACAUCUCGACAAAGAGCCGACACACUGCAACACACCGGAGCCUCCGGUCACCGGCACACGUCGGAGAAUCAAAAGCAGCAACAUGGGAUCCAUGGAGAUAUGUUACCUAAUUGUCUUUUAUGUCCCGUUCUUAUUAUUAUUAUUAUUAUUAUUAUUAUUAUUAUUAUU